GCUUGAGACCGCCGCCUAGCUCCGUAUUUCCAACUCCGAUUUCGAUUAGGAUUAGAACCUGCGUUACGGAAGGUAUUGAACCGCCAAAAAUAACAAACUAUAAAAAGAACACGAAAGAUUGGUUCUUCAAUCUUUACAAAUCUUGUAGAUGAUACCCUUCUCUUUCUUUCUAUAGACAAGUAGCUGUUUUUCAUUCAGUUUUUUUUCAACGUUCUUGUUUCUUCACCAGCUAAUUAUGUUAACCAAUCAAAACGCACAAACAACUAAACUUCAGAAGGAGGAACUUGAAAUUGAAGAUAGAGGGUCUGUGAUAGUUGACAAUGAUGACGACGAAACUGGGGAUGCUGGUGCUGAUAACGGUGAGGCUCAUUCGGGUUACAAUAAUGACAGUUUCGAGGAUUUUACUCGCAAUGGAAUGGUCAAGAUUGGAGAAGGAACCCUGGAGCAUGACAUAAUCAAGAAGACUUUGCUCGAGGGUGUGGGAAGAUAUGCAAAGGAUACGAAGAUUGUGGCCAUACACAAGAAUUCCGUUUCCGGUUCAGUAGGAAAAGCUCGGUGGCUUACUUUCAGGAUUUUUGCAAAGGCGGUGGCUGAAAGGCGGGCUGGGAAUGCUAAUCUGCGGUUUGCUUGGUAUGGUGCUUCGAGGGAGGAGAUUUGUCAAGUCAUAUCCCAUGGAUAUAGUCAGUGUGGUGAAACCGCCAAUGGCCAAUCUCAUGGGGUUGGCAUUUCUCUGUCUCCUGCAAAAUUUUCCAUUAAUAGUGUGGAAUCAUCGGCUGUUGAUGAAAAUGGUCAAAGGCAUAUAUUGUUAUGCCGCGUAAUACUAGGAAAGAUGGAAACCAUUCCUGCUGGUUCCAUGCAAUUUCAACCAAGUUCAACAGAGUUCGAUUCUGGAGUUGACAAUAUUGUAGAGCCUAGAAGAUUCAUUGUGUGGAAUGCUUUCAUGAAUUCUCACAUCUUCCCUGAUUACAUCAUCAGUAUUAAGGCCCCUUCCUUUACUGGUAUGAAGAGAAAUCAAAUGAGGCCCCUAAGACCCACCUCACCAUGGAUGAGCUUUCCUGUUCUGUUGUCUAUAUUGUCACAGUUUUUAGAUCCUUCUAAGAUGGCUUUGAUUUUCAAAUUUCAUGAUGACUUUAAAAAAAAAAAGAUUACAAGGCUGCAACUAAUCCGAAGGGUGAGGCAGAUAUCUGGAGACGAGCUGUUAGUUCACAUAAUUAGAUCUUGCAAGGAAAGGUAUAACUUUCUGUGUCAAUUAUCUAAUCUCAGGGGUAUCAUCCAAAUAUAUAAAGGUAUAGCUGAAAUCUUGACUUUUGAUCCUCUGGUUAGGUUCGGUAGCUGGAGAAGUAUGACUAGAAAAAUAUUUCGAUAGUUUCCCGCCUGAGCAAUGAUUGUGGCUGGACACAGUUUACUAGUCUGUGAAUCUGAAUAGCCAUUUUGAUAUUAAACCAUUUGCUGAAAUAAAAUUAAAGGAAGAAAGAAACUAUAACUCACUUUCAUUGUAUGGACCAGGGAAUCCAAGUCGUCUGCAAAGCAACACUUAACAGGAAAAAGAAAAAGUAAAGGAAUAGAAAUAAAGAGAGGAUGAGGGUUAUCAAAGCUUUUUAUUUGCUUGGUUGAGGAGCAUUUGACAAUAUGAACAUGGAAUCCACAAAAGAACUUAUUAUGUUAUGGUUCAGUUCUUUAUUCUCCAACUAAAAGAUUGAAAAUCUUAUUCUAAUGCAGCUUGUGAUCAGAGCAUCUAGCAGUGGCAGCAAAAAUUGACAUUCUUCCAUUAUGCAGCCAGCUUUUGUGACAACACCCAGAAGCAGCAACUAAUACAUGAAGAAAUGUAGAGUAGCUGAGAUUGAUAGCAUUCUUUUACAAUAUUUGAUAUUACAGUUGUUACAGGUGCAGUUGUUCCAGCAAUUAUGUCAAUUUACAAGAUUGGUUUCUUGAAUAUUAUUUCAAGUACAAAUUUACAAGAUUGAUUGGAUUUUGGUUCAAGUUCCA